UGCAGCCCUUGUGGACUGUCACUGCCACCUAGCGGCGCCCGAGCUGCAGCCGGACCUGGAGGACGUGCUGCGAGCAGCCAAGGAGGCUAAAGUUUUGGCCCUUGUGGUAGUUGCUGAACAUUCAGGAGAAUUUGAAAAAAUUAUGCAGCUUUCAGACAGGUUUCCAGGGUUUGUUUUCCCAUGUCUAGGAGUUCAUCCAGUUCAAGGCAUUCUUAGCAGGGAGGAGCCGGAAGACCAUCGCAGUGUUACUUUAAAGGACCUUGAUGCUGCAUUGCCACUUAUAGAACACUAUAAAGAUAGCUUGUUGGCAAUUGGAGAGGUUGGACUGGAUUUCACUCCUAGAUUUGCCAGCACCGAUGAACAGAAGGAGGAACAAAGACAAGUCUUGAUCAAGCAGAUUCAAUUAGCGAAAAGACUGGGUUUGCCUUUAAAUGUCCAUUCACGGUCAGCUGGAAGACCAACUAUUAACCUUUUAAAAGAACAAGGUGCUGAAAAGGUGUUGCUCCACGCAUUUGAUGGAAGGCCAUCUGUGGCGAUGGAAGGAGUGAAGGCUGGAUAUUUCUUUUCCAUUCCUCCUUGCAUUAUAAGGAGCGAACAGAAGCAAAACCUUGUGAAACAGUUGCCUUUAGAAAAUAUGUGCUUAGAAACUGACUCUCCUGCUCUAGGCCCUGAAAAACAGGUGAGAAAUGUACCACAAAAUAUUUCCAUUGCUGCAGAAUGUAUUGCCAAAAUUAAAGGGAUUCCAGUGGAAGAAGUUAUAGAAGUGACAACGAAGAAUGCAUUGAAACUUUUUCCCAAACUUCAGAACUUCCUUCAAAAAUAGACUCAGCAUGUGUAAUUGCAGUAUGUCCCAAAAAGUAAUACGUGUGCGUAAUAAAAAUGCCUGUAGUGUUUGAAAUAGAUGGUUUUGUUAUCAAAUAGUUCAGGAAAUGGGUGUUAUAAUAGAUAUGGUUGAUUUAUCUAAGAUCUUGUUCUGCUGUUAAUUUGACAGCUUCGAUGUUAUUUUGUAUAUUAAGUUACACCUUGAUCCUCAAAGGCAGUAUGUACUACAGGACAGGCAACUGGGGGGGGCACAUGACCCCUUGAGAUUGGCCCCCGACUCAGCAUCGCUCAGGACAGGGCAGUUUUUUUGCCACGCGGGCCAGCGGCGUCUUACGUGGAGGGGUGCGCACUAAGCCACGGCACAGAAGUAUAGGAUUGGAUAUGGGGCUUUUGGCCUGCCCACCAGUCACCCCUGCACUACAGCAUUCUUAUCUUACUCAGAGUCUGUUGACAUCACUACAGCUGCAAAACACAGGCGCUUAAAUCUGCUUUUGAGAUUCUGAUGGCAGGAUCAGGGCCUAGUUUUGUUUCUCCAGCUGUUUCAUAGUUUCAUAGUUGUUAGGGUGGGAAGGGACCUCAAUAAAUCAUCGAGUCCGACCCCUUGCCCUGGG